AUGGCAACGUUUUAUUUGUUCAUUAUCAUUGUAUUAUUAUCAUUAAAUUUUUUUCAAUCAAUAAAUUCAGAAUCAACAAAUUCAACUUCAAUAUUCAAUUUAUAUGAUAAUUCAACAAUAAGAAUUAAUAUUAUAGAAAAUAAGAUUAAUCAAACAUCAACAUCAACAAAUACAUAUUUCAAUACGACGACAAUUUUUAUUGUUAAUACGAAAAUAAAUUCAUCGGAUAUAACUACGAAAACAAAUGAAAUAAUAUUAACAACAACAACUUCACAAUCUUCUAUUUCAUUAAAUACACCUUCUAUAACAGAAUCAACUACUUUCGAUAUUAACAAUAAUCAUUCCAAAAAAUCAUCGUCAAGAUCAAAAUGGUGGUUAUUAAUUGCACUUAUAAUAACAGUAGUGGCUGUUACUAGUAUUGCAAUCAUCUAUCAUCAACGACGACAAACACCAUAUAGACGAUUUCUUCGAAAUUGGCAAGCACGUGAUGAUGAUGCAGAUAAUACAAUUCUUCAACUCGAACAACCUGAUCUAAUAAAUAAUCAAUGGCCACAUCAAAUCUCUUUAGUUUAG